UCUUGCUGCAUCUACCUAGACGAAGCUGCCGCCUGUGGAUCUCGCUCUCCUCCAGGAUACAAACAAAAAAGAGAAGCGGAAGAAAAAAAACCAUCAGACUUCUGCAUCUGUCUCACCUACACACAUGGAAUCACAAACCGUAUCUUUGUAGUUUGUGCCCUUCCAAACCUCUCUCUUGCGCUCUCUCUCUCACACACACACACGCACAUACACACAUCCUCAGCCUCUUGCUGUCGGUCUGUCUCCUUCACACAUGCAAACACACUCCCUCUUCUCCCAGACAGAGGAGCAGUAAAGGGAUUGGCGUGGAUUUGGUGUUUGGCUCAGAGCGGAGCAGAGGAGCAGAUAGCGAUGUGAAGACGGGCUCAGUCAGAACUGACUGCCUCACGAUGGCUGACAACAACCGGUUGCCACAGGAUACAGGAUUCAAAGUGAUCAUGUGAUCUGACUCCCUCACCAGUUCCCUGCCAUCUCUUGGGGAUCAUGACCCGUCGGCUGAGCAGCUCCAGUCGUUCGCACACUGAAGACUCCAUCUUCCUGAAACCCGAGGAGGACCCUGUCUGGCUGGAUGAACCCACAAAGAUUGAGAAAUUAGGUGACAGAGCUCCUAAAAAGGAUGAGCUCCUUGACUGUAAAGACAGACCGACAGGAUGUCAACACCCACAUGGAGAGGAGAUGUUUGUGGUCAGUGUGUACAAUGUGGUGAUCGAGAUUCACUGCUGGGUUGCUCUGUUUAUCAUCUCCCAAGUCCUGGGAUACUGGGUGUUUUUUGUGCUGGAAGGAAAUGGACCGUUCUCGUCCAUCUAUAAAGCCCUGCAGGUCAUCGAAUCCUAUUUUAGUUUCAUUUUACCGUACCCGCCAAUUUUUGGAACGGAUACAAUGAUGUUAAAAGAGAUGGAAAACACCAAACAUCACAACUGGGUUGUCCAAGGCACAUCGGGUGUUGGUGUGGUCAUCGGCAUUAUCAUGAUCAUCCACAUGCUGUGUAAGUGGCGUUAUGGCACUGGCUUGUGGUCAUCAGAACCAGUGUCCAGGAACGUUAGUGACCGGCGUCAGUCCGUGAGCCGUCAGCCCUCCUUCACCCUGUCUGAAUGGACAGACGCCCAAGAGGAUCUGCUGGACCUCGACCCUGUGCCUCAGACUCCUGUCUUUGACAUGGGCACAGACAGCAGAACGGAAGGAGACGCCUCCACUCUCACCGUCACACCAGUUGGGCUUCAGGAGAGGAGAGGCUCCAAUGUUUCUCUGACGCUGGACAUGUGCACACCAGGAUGCACGGAGCCCUAUGGCUACGGAGCCCAGCUCUCUCCCAGAGACCAGUCGGCCCAGGAGUACCUCCGACAGGGAACACACAUCCUGACCCCUGCAAUGCUGCACAUGAGGGCCAUGGAUGACCAGAGCCUCCAGGCUGAGUUUUAUGAAACUCCCAUGAACUUUGUGGACCCAAAGGAGUACAAUUAUCCAGGCCUUGUGAGAAAGAACCGCUAUAAAACCAUUUUACCAAACACACACAGCAGAGUCAUCUUGAAGUCACUGGAUGAAGAUGAUUUUCUUUCUACAUACAUCAACGCCAAUUAUCUCAAAGGUUAUGGGGAUGAGGAGCAAGCAUACAUCGCUACGCAGGGUCCCACUGUGAACACAGUGGGGGACUUCUGGAGGAUGGUGUGGCAGGAGAGAAGCCCGAUUAUAGUGAUGAUCACCAACCUGGAGGAGAAGAACGAGAAAUGUGCAGAGUACUGGCCCGAGGACACUGUGACCCAUGAGGGAAUAGAGAUUAGCGUUGUGUCGGUGACCCAGGAGGAUGACUACAGUCUGAGGGUGUUUACUCUGAAGUGCGAGGAAGAGGAGCGCACGCUAAAGCAUUACUGGUACACCUCCUGGCCUGACCAGAAGACCCCAGACAAAGCUCCGCCCCUGCUGGAGCUGGUACAGGAAGUGGAAGGAGCCAGAGAGGAAGCCCCGCCCUCCAGUGGCCCAACAAUUGUCCACUGCAGUGCUGGAAUUGGUCGAACUGGCUGUUUCAUUGCCACCUCCAUCCUGUGUAAGCAGCUGAGGACUGAAGGUGUGGUUGACAUCCUCAGAACCACCUGCCAGCUCCGUCUGGACCGAGGUGGGAUGAUCCAGACGUGUGAGCAGUACCAGUUUGUGCAUCAUGUCCUCAGCCUGUAUGAAAAGCAGCUGUCUCACACAGCUGAGGAGUAGAGGGAAGGCUGACCGCCGCGCCCUGACCGAGACACACCACUGUACACCAUACCACCCGCGGUGGUAUGCUCCAUCAUCACACAGUGUCACCCUUUAACGACUUCAAACCAUGUUUCUCUUCAUCAGACGGGUCUGAGCAGUUCACAUUCAGUCUGUGCUUAUUGUUUGUCUUUGACUAUUAAACAAAGAGAUAACCUGUGAAAAAUGUAAAGAAAACCAGAAUGCAAUGAUAUUCGCUUCUCAUAGACCUGCAUUUGUUUCACAGUUUAACACAGUUAACAUAUUAAAUGUUUUAAUUAGGAAAGUGCUACCUGUUUGAUGUGCAUUUUUAUUUUAUUUUAUGGCCCCAUCACAUCUCCAAAAGUGGGAACAAAGCUAACCCAAGGCAGUAAAAGUGUGUAUUACAAACAAGAAACAGAUGGAAGUGCUUCUUUUUCCCCAAAGAAUUAGGUUCACUGCCAACUAGUCAGUGAUGGGUAUAAAAAGAGCAUUUUACAGAG